UGGAGGUACUGUUACAGUGUUUUGAGCAGCCGAGUAGCGAAGCUAUAUUUGGAUGUUUUGCUGCACAUCGAGUGGAGCAUUUGUGAAAUAAACUAAUUAUUAUUUUUUUAAGGAUACAAUAGGAAUUACUGCUGCUCGUGGGUGGUAUAUAUUUAGGAAUGCGUCCCCGUGGUUUGCAUUAGAGCAGUGCUCAGCUCUCCGGGGACAGGAGACGGUAACAGACCCGGUCUUCGGAGCAUUGAGGGGAACCUUUACAGCCCGGUGAAUGCAGCAGGCUGAAUCCCGGGACUGAAGAGCAGCUCAGCCUCCACACAGCGACGAGCAGCGAUGAACAGGAAGAAGGACAAAGGCUUUGAGAGCCCCCGACCCUUUAAAUUGACCCACCAGGUGGUGUGCAUCAACAACAUCAACUUCCAGAGGAAGUCUGUCAUUGGCUAUGUUGAGCUGACCAUUUUCCCCACCGUGGUCAACCUGAACAGGAUCAAGCUAAACAGUAAACAGUGUCGCAUCUACAGGGUCCGAGUCAACGAACUUGAAGCCCCGUUCAUCUACAAUGACCCCACUCUGGAGGUGUGCCACCAUGAGUCCAAGCAGAGGAACCUCAAUUACUUCUCCAGCGCCUACACAGCAGCAGUCAGUGCCGUGGACCCUGAUGCAGGACACGGCGAGCUGGUCAUCAAAGUGCCCUCUGAACUCUGGAAACAAGGAGAUGAUCUGAAAGUGUUGAAGGUAUACAUCGAAUUUUCCCUGGACCAGCCAAAAGGAGGCCUCCACUUUGUUGUUCCUGAUGUGGAGGGCAGCAUGGCGGAGAGGGGAGCCCAUGUGUUCUCCUUUGGAUACCAGAACUCCACAAGAUUCUGGUUCCCUUGCGUGGACUCGUACUCAGAGCUGUGUACGUGGAAGCUGGAGUUCACUGUGGAUGCGUCUAUGGUGGCGGUAUCGUGUGGGGAUCUGGUGGAGACCAUUUACACUCACGACAUGAGGAAGAAGACGUUCCAUUAUAUCCUCCCCAUCCCCACUGCGGCUCCCAACAUCUCCCUGGCCGUGGGGCCAUUUGAAAUUCUCGUGGACCCCUACAUGCAUGAGGUGACACACUUCUGCCUGCCGCAGCUGCUGCCUCUUCUCAAACACUCCAUGUCCUACCUACAUGAGAUUUUUGAGUUCUACGAGGAAAUCCUGACAUGCCGCUAUCCUUACUCCUGCUUCAAGACUGUGUUUGUGGAUGAGGCCUACGUUCAAGUGUCCUCCUAUGCUUCUAUGAGCAUCUUCAGCACCAACCUGCUCCACAGCCCUAUGAUCAUUGACCAGACUCCCCAGACUCGCCGCUGCCUGGCUCAGGCUUUGGCUCAGCAGUUCUUCGGCUGUUUUAUUUCCAGGAUGUCCUGGGCUGAUGAGUGGGUGCUGAAGGGAAUCUCAGGCUACAUCUAUGGUCUCUACCUGAAGAAGACCUUUGGAGUCAAUGAGUAUCGGCACUGGAUCAAAGAGGAGCUGGACAAGAUUGUGGAAUAUGAGCUGAAAAUGGGAGGGGUCCUGUUGCACCCCACCUUCAGCGGCGGGAAAGAGAAAGACAAUCCAACUCCCCACCUUCACUUCUCCAUCAAACACCCCCACACCCUGUCCUGGGAGUAUUACAAGAUGUUCCAGUGUAAGGCCCACCUGGUGAUGAGACUGAUAGAGAACAGGAUCAGUAUGGAGUUCAUGUUGCAGGUCUUCAACAAGCUCCUGAGUCUGGCCAGUACGGCCUCAUCUCAGAAGUAUCAGAGUCACAUGUGGAGCCAGAUGCUUCUGUCCACUCACGCCUUCCUCAAAUCCAUCUCCAAUGUCUCUGGCAAAGACAUAGGCCCCCUCAUCAAACAGUGGGUAGACCAGAGUGGUGUGGUGAAAUUCUUCGGCAGUUUCGCCUUCAACAGAAAGAGGAACGUGCUGGAACUGGAGAUCCGUCAGGACUACAUGUCCUCUGGAACUCAGAAAUAUGUGGGUCCUAUCAAGGUGACCGUACAAGAGCUGGAUGGAUCCUUCAAUCACAUGCUGCAGAUAGAGGAGAACAGCCUCAAACAUGACAUUCCCUGCCACUCGAAGAGCAGAAGAAACAAGAAAAAAAAGAUCCCUCUGAUGAACGGAGAGGAGGUGGACAUGGAUUUAUCUGCAAUGGAUGCUGACUCUCCUCUCCUGUGGAUCCGAAUCGACCCUGACAUGUCCAUUCUGAGGAAGGUGGAGUUUGAGCAGGCUGACUUCAUGUGGCAGUAUCAGCUGCGCUAUGAGAGGGAUGUCGUUGCACAGGAGGAGGCCAUCUCAGCACUUGAAAAAUUCCCAACUCCUGCCUCCAGGCUGGCUCUGACCGACAUCCUCGAGCAGGAACAGUGUUUCUACAAAGUUCGCAUGCAGGCGUGCUUCUGUUUGGCCAAGAUAGCCAAUGCCAUGGUGAGCACGUGGCAGGGCCCGCCGGCUAUGAAGUCCCUGUUCACCAGAAUGUUCUGCUGCAAGAGCUGCCCCAACAUCGUCAAGACCAACAACUUCAUCAACUUCCAGAGCUACUUCCUGCAGAAGACGAUGCCGGUUGCCAUGGCGUUACUCCGAGAUGUGCAGAACCUCUGUCCCAAAGACGUCCUCAACUUUAUACUUGACCUGAUCAAGUACAACGACAACAGGAAAAACAAAUUUUCAGAUAACUACUACCGAGCAGAUCUGAUCGAAGCUCUGACCAACUCCCUGACCCCCGCCAUCAGCAUCAACAACGAGGUGCGCACAGUGGACAAUUUAAACGCAGAUGUCCGUCUCAUCUUGGAGGAGAUCACCCGAUUCCUAAAUAUGGAGAAGUUGCUCCCGAGCUUCCGGAACACCAUCACUGUCAGCUGUCUGAAAGCGAUCCGUCAGCUUCAGAAGAACGGCCACAUUCCAAGUGACCCGUCACUCUUCAGGUCCUACGCUGAGUACGGACACUUUGUAGAUGUUCGCAGUGCUGCACUGGAAGCUCUGGUGGACUACACUAGAGUUGAGCGGAGUUCGGUAGAGCUGCAGUGGCUGCUCAGCAUGGUUCAGGAUGACCCAGUUCACUAUGUGAGACAUAAGAUCCUGGGUAUGCUCUGUAAGAAUCCACCAUUCACCAAGACAGCAGACUCAGCUCUGUGUAAUGAAGCUCUGGUCGACCAGCUGUGGAAGCUUAUGAACUCUGGUACCUCCCAUGACUGGCGGCUGCGCUGUGAUGCUGUUAAUCUCUACUACACAUUGUUUGGUCUGACUCGGCCCUCGUGCCUUCCACUGCCAGAACUGGGCCUGGUACUCAACUUGAAGGAGAAAAAAGCAGUACUUAAUCCCACCAUCAAGCCCGAGCCGGGGGUCGGUGCUGUUAUGGACACGCCCGCCAGCAUAGGCAUCCAUGGUGUGGGCAUGAGCUAUGCAACAGUGGAUGAAGAGCCCGAUCCUGUUUCAUUGGGUGUGUGUGGCGUAGGCCAGCCCCCUCUGGGCCUGAAGAGGAAGUCUGACACCCCACUGGGAUCUCCUCCAGAGCCAGGACAGGUACUGCAGCAACAGGAUGAUGAUGGAAGAGGACGCUACAAGAUCAGAUUCAACAUGAUGGAAGAUGAAGAUAUUGACAUGGAAACUGUUCAUGAUAGUCAGGCCUUUAUUCACCAUCACCUCAAUCUGUUGGAGAGACCUUCAACACCUGGCAAAGAGCCGUCAUCAGUGGAACAGUCUUUGCUGUCCAUGCCUGCCACACCUGUGCCAUCCUUCCCCAAGGAGACCACUUCCUCAUCCUCUAAGCAUGGAGGUGACCACAGCCACCAUCACCACCACCACCACCAUGAACAUAAGAAGAAGAAGAAGAAGCACAAGCAUAAACACAAGCACAAACACAAACAUGAAAGCAAAGACAAGGAGAAGGACAGAGAUAGGGACAACUCGCACACCUACAGCAACAGCCCGGCCAGCGGCAGGUCCCUGCGCUCACCCUCUCUGUCCGACUGAACAUCCAGAGGCAGGCCCGCUUUCCAACCUUAGCGGGUCCCACCUAACUGGACUCAAACACGCCUCAAUAAUAUUAUCAGGCAGGACACGGCUGUUGAAGUGUGAUCCUCAGAGAAAUGAACACUGAACUCCUCAGCACCAACACGCUGACUCGAGCGGGGAAACUUCCACUGAGGCUGCAGUGUCAUUAAGGGAAACCUUUCCAGAGACGUCCCUGUGUCCUCUCACCACACACACACACACACACACACACACACACACACACACACACAGAGCCUGUAGGUGCUUGUGGACCUUUAAUCGCUGCUUCCAGGCUGUGUGAGGCAUGCAACCACACACACCUCUCUCCACAAACAGCCAACC